AUGGGCUUUACCAAACCACCCGUGCAGGCGCUCAAAUCCGCCAACAAGCUCAAACGAAAGGAGCUCUUUGUUCAGUACAAGAAGCAUCAGAAUAAGGAGAAACAUGAGGAACGACACCGACGCAGAAGGGAAGAGGCAAAGGACCCUGAGCUCAAGGCAGCCCGUCUAGCGAAGCACAAACCUGCUACGAUCGACUCGAAGCGAGUAUGGGAUGAUGUCGAUGACGAUAGCCUAGGCGUGCAGGUGGACCUCGAAAAACUCAAGAGGCGUCGCAUUGAAGAGGUUGAGGCAGCAGAGCAGGCCGCUCAUGAGGCCGCCAUGCUCGCCGACGAGGAGCUGGAUGAAGAUGACGAUGUCGACAGUAUGCUGGCUUCCGAUGAGGAGAUGGACGAGGAACGACAAGCUGCACUGGAAAAGAAGCGAGAGCGUCGCGCACAGCGAGACGACAGUGUCGCGCCGUCCACAGCAAGCACAAAUCUCGACUUGACGCCCACCUCACUCGCCCUCAAGUUUCCCUCGCUUUUCACCGAUAUCCCCGCGCCAGAGCCCAAGGUCCUGGUCACGACAUCGCUGAACUCUACUCUGCAUGAACAAGCCAAUGUUCUUUGCGAGUUCUUCCCCAACAGCUCCUAUGUCCCCAGGUCUGCACAUCGAUACGGUCACAAGUACUCCCUCCGAGAAAUCUGCAAAUAUGCUACAAACCGAGAGUACACGGCUGUUCUUCUUCUCAACGAGGAUUCUAAGAAGCCCACAGGCCUUACGGUCGUGCAUCUGCCUUCUGGUCCGACAUUUCACUUCUCAAUCACCAACUGGAUCGAGGGUAAGAAGCUCCCCGGCCACGGAAACCCGACAAAUCACUACCCCGAGCUUCUGCUCAACAACUUCAAGACCCCUCUGGGUCUGCUGACAGCCAAACUGUUCAUGACGCUGUUCCCUCCGAAGCCGGAGUUUCAGGGUCGCCAAGUGACAACACUUCACAACCAGCGCGAUUACAUCUUUGUGAGACGGCACCGUUAUGUUUUCCGUGAAAAGCGAGAGACAGAAAAGAGCAUUGUCGGCGCUGAUGGAAAGGAAGUCAAGGGCGUGGAGGGUAUCCGUGCCGGCUUGCAGGAACUAGGCCCCCGUUUCACCUUGAAGUUGAGGAGAGUCGACAAGGGUAUUGGAAGAGCCGGAAGCGACGGUGACGAUGCGACACAGUGGCAGUGGAAGGCAAAGAUGGAAAAGGACCGCAAGAGAUUCAACCUGUAA